ACGGGGGAGGAGAAAAGGGGAGUUCAGGUCGACAUGACUGAGCUGAAGGCAAAGGAACCCCGGGCUCCCCACGUGGCGGGCGACGCGCCCUCCCCCACCGAGGUCGGAUCCCAGCUCCUGGGUCGCCCGGACCCUGGCCCAUUCCAGGGGAGCCAGACCUCGGAGGCCUCCUCUGUAGUCUCCACCAUCCCCAUCUCCCUGGACGGGUUGCUCUUCCCCCGGCCCUGUCAGGGGCAGAACCCCCCAGACGGGAAGACGCAGGACCCGCCGUCGUUGUCAGACGUGGAGGGCGCAUUUCCUGGAGUCGAAGCCCCGGAGGGGGCAGGAGACAGCAGCUCGAGACCUCCAGAAAAGGACAGCGGCCUGCUGGACAGUGUCCUCGACACGCUCCUGGCGCCCUCGGGUCCCGGGCAGAGCCACGCCAGCUCUGCCACCUGCGAGGCCAUCAGCCCGUGGUGCCUGUUUGGCCCCGACCUUCCCGAAGACCCCCGGGCUGCCCCCGCUACCAAAGGGGUGUUGGCCCCGCUCAUGAGCCGACCCGAGGACAAGGCAGGCGACAGCUCCGGGACGGCAGCGGCCCACAAGGUGCUGCCCAGGGGACUGUCACCGUCCAGGCAGCUGCUGCUCCCCUCCUCUGGGAGCCCUCACUGGCCGGCGGCCGCAGUGAAGCCGUCCCCGCAGCCCGCUGCGGUGGAGCUAGAGGAGGAGGACAGCUCCGAAUCCGAGGGCACCGUGGGCCCGCUCCUGAAGGGCAAGCCUCGGGCACUGGGAGGCACGGCGGCCGGAGGAGGAGCUGCCUCCGUCGCGCCUGGAGCGGCCGCAGGAGGCGUCGCCCUCAUCCCCAAGGAGGAUUCUCGCUUCUCGGCGCCCAGGGUCUCCUUGGCGGAGCAGGACGCGCCUGGGCGCUCCCCGCUGGCCACCACGGUGGUGGAUUUCAUCCACGUGCCCAUCCUGCCUCUCAACCACGCUUUCUUGGCCACCCGCACCAGGCAGCUGCUGGAGGGGGAGAGCUACGACGGCGGGGCCGCGGCCGCCAGCCCCUUCGUCCCGCAGCGGGGCUCGCCCUCUGCCUCGUCCACCCCGGUGGCGGGCGGCGACUUCCCCGACUGCACCUACCCGCCCGACGCCGAGCCCAAAGAGGACACGUUCCCCCUCUACGGCGACUUCCAACCGCCCGCCCUGAAGAUAAAGGAGGAGGAAGAGGGCGCCGAGGCCGCGGCGCGCUCCCCGCGUACGUACCUGGUGGCUGGUGCAAACCCCGCCGCCUUCCCGGAUUUCCCGCUGGCGGCGCCGCCGCCUCGAGUGCCCUCGUCCAGACCCGGGGAAGCGGCGGUGGCGGCCUCCCCAGGCAGUGCCCCCGUGUCCUCCUCGUCCUCGUCGGGGUCGACCCUGGAGUGCAUCCUGUACAAGGCAGAGGGCGCGCCGCCCCAGCAGGGCCCCUUCGCGCCGCUGCCCUGCAAGCCUCAGGGCGCCGGCGCCUGCCUGCUGCCGCGGGACGGCCUGCCCUCCACCUCCGCCUCGGGCGCGGCCGCCGGGGCCGCCCCUGCGCUCUACCCGACGCUCGGCCUCAACGGACUCCCGCAACUCGGCUACCAGGCCGCCGUGCUCAAGGAGGGCCUGCCGCAGGUCUACACGCCCUAUCUCAACUACCUGAGGCCGGAUUCAGAAGCCAGUCAGAGCCCACAGUACAGCUUCGAGUCACUACCUCAGAAGAUUUGUUUGAUCUGUGGGGAUGAAGCAUCAGGCUGUCAUUAUGGUGUCCUCACCUGUGGGAGCUGUAAGGUCUUCUUUAAAAGGGCAAUGGAAGGGCAGCAUAACUAUUUAUGUGCUGGAAGAAAUGACUGCAUUGUUGAUAAAAUCCGCAGAAAAAACUGCCCGGCAUGUCGCCUCAGAAAGUGCUGUCAAGCUGGCAUGGUCCUUGGAGGGCGAAAGUUUAAAAAGUUCAAUAAAGUCAGAGUCAUGAGAGCACUCGAUGCUGUUGCUCUCCCGCAGCCAGUGGGCAUUCCAAAUGAAAGCCAACGAAUCACUUUUUCUCCAAGUCAAGAGAUACAGUUAAUUCCCCCUCUAAUCAACCUGUUAAUGAGCAUUGAACCAGAUGUGAUCUAUGCAGGACAUGACAACACAAGGCCUGAUACCUCCAGUUCUUUGCUAACAAGUCUUAAUCAACUAGGCGAGCGGCAACUUCUUUCAGUGGUAAAAUGGUCCAAAUCACUUCCAGGUUUUCGAAACUUACAUAUUGAUGACCAGAUAACUCUCAUCCAAUAUUCUUGGAUGAGUUUAAUGGUAUUUGGACUAGGAUGGAGAUCCUACAAACAUGUCAGUGGGCAGAUGCUGUAUUUUGCACCUGAUCUAAUAUUAAAUGAACAGCGGAUGAAAGAAUCAUCAUUCUAUUCACUAUGCCUUACCAUGUGGCAGAUACCGCAGGAGUUUGUCAAGCUUCAAGUUAGCCAAGAAGAGUUCCUCUGCAUGAAAGUAUUACUACUUCUUAAUACAAUUCCUUUGGAAGGACUAAGAAGUCAAAGCCAGUUUGAAGAGAUGAGAUCAAGCUACAUUAGAGAGCUCAUCAAGGCAAUUGGUUUGAGGCAAAAAGGAGUUGUUUCCAGCUCACAGCGUUUCUAUCAACUCACAAAACUUCUUGAUAGCUUGCAUGAUCUUGUCAAACAACUUCACCUGUACUGCCUGAAUACAUUUAUCCAGUCCCGGGCGUUGAGUGUUGAAUUUCCAGAAAUGAUGUCUGAAGUUAUUGCUGCACAGUUACCCAAGAUAUUGGCAGGGAUGGUGAAACCUCUCCUCUUUCAUAAAAAGUGAAUGUCAAUUAUUUUUCAAAGAAUUAAGUGUUGCAGUAUGUCUUUUGUUUUGGUCAGGAUUAUGAGGUCUCGAGUUUUUAUAAUAUUCUUCUGAAAGCCUUACAUUUAUAACAUAUCAUAACAUGUAAAUUUAAGAGGAAGAUUGUGACAUCCUAAUUAUUUUCCUGUAUUAAGCAUAAUUAGAGUUUUUAAAGUGUUUUUCUGUCCCCCAUAUUUUCUUUAAACGUUUAAAGAGUUUAUAAGGUUGAAAAAGUACUAAAACUGAUUAUUGAAGUAAGUUAUGUCUUACCCAUACUAUUUCAUACCAUGUAGGUGAGGAUUUUUAACUUUUACAUAUAACAAAUCUUCUACUUUAGAGAAAGAAAAUCUUCACAUGUAAUAAUAAAAAGCUACUAUUAUUUGUUACUUCUAGGUAGCUCCCUUUUUCUCCUUGACUGUACUUCCAAAAGUGAACCUUUAAAAUGGUAUGCAAAAUUUUGUCUACUAGAGUGUGUGUGUGUGUGUAUAUGUAUAUACAUAUACACACACAGAAACACACAUAUAUAUAUGUUUCUGUAAGGAGGAAAUUCAUAAGAUUUCUAAGAGUUUUUAAUGCCAAAAAUAUAGAGACAAAGAGUUUAAAAAAAACCACUAAACAGAUUACAGACUAGACAAAACAGUUCUAUGUUAAAGGGAUUUCUUAUAUUGGAAACCCAAAUCUAUAAGGAAAUUAUUAAUGAGUAGAGCUUUACUGUUAUGCCAACAGUAUUUCAGGUUUUGUAGGGACUUUUUGGUAACUUUUUUAGGAAGGAGUUGUCCUCUAACAUAGUAUUGUGACUAGAAACCAUAUCUGUGAUCUGACUCUUUACCAUCUGUGGCAUGCAGAAGUUUUCAAUGUCUUCACAUUUAAUGUGGUACAAUAAUAUCUUUCCUUCCAAAUUCUUCUUGUGAUCUGAGCUUCUUAUUAACCUCUUCUCAAAUCAAAGAAGGAAGGGAUGGAAAGAGGGAGAUAGGGAGGGAAAGAGAGGGAUAUAAUUCCCUUUCUCCACUCCUUAAAGACUUAAGGAUGGUGUCCUUUUCUUGUCAGGUGUAAUAGAUGAAUCUCAGGUUGAAAAAUUUUGAGUGCCUUUGAUCCAGUUCUACUAGAGAUGCUUCAGGAAAUACUAGAUGGUGUCUUAACAUAUUACAACCAAUUAACAAUAACCAGAAAGCACAAAAUUCACAUUCUUGUUUGAACUGAAAAUAUUACUUUAGAAGACAGACAGUUCUUUUCUGAGGUAAAUCGCUGGAGAUGUCUUUUGUAAAAAAGAAAGGAAAAUAUAUUUAUAUAUACACUAUCCAUACAUACAAUACAAUAGGAAGAACCAAGUUCAUACCAUUGGUGAAAUUCAGUUGAAACCGGUAUUUUCUUUCUAGAUAAAGUUAGUUAUACCAGUUUUAGGCAUGUAUGAGUAUACAUACUUUUUUUAACAACUCAACAAAGCUAAUAGGAACACUUUUUUUUUCUAAAUUUCCCUAAAAUUGGACAUAUCAUUAUCUUUACAAAUAAAAUAUAUUACCUCAUGCAGAUUACUAGUUGUUAAUUAGAAAAUUAAAGUAACUUGAAAAUUUUCUAUGUUGAAAACAAUACAGAAAAAAUUUGCUGAAAUUUCUGAGUUCUUAAUGUGUUUUCAAUUCUCCAUUCCUUUCUAUUGGUAAAUACUUGCAGUUUACCAAGGGAAUAAUAACAUAAGAAUAUUCUUAGCAAAUACUGUUGUGACCCCCUAAAGCACAAGUAAAGUGAUUUCAUGUGAUAAAAUAUUGGCAUAAUAAUAUUACCAAGCCUGGUUUUAAACUAAUAAUUUUUCAACUUUCAAAAAUAAUUAGCUAUGAGGUGUCUAUAAAUAGUGGGUUUUCAUAGGCUAUUUAAAAUAAGUACUGAAACAUGCUUCAGAUAGAGCCCUUGGCUUGGAUUCAUUAAACCUAUGUGGCAAAUAUAACAGAUUAUAUACAUAUUUAUAAUUUUUAGCUAUAACAGUCAACAAAAGUUUAACUCAAGUAUUCCAAGUAGUCUCAACAGUUUAAAAUUAGCCGCUUUUUAGUAUGUCUAUGAACAUCUUUUUCUGUGGAUGCAUUUGUGUUACAUGUGUUAUGUAGACUCUUGACAGGCAUACCGUCACCCUACAGGCCAGUUAUCAUCCUAAAAAGGGAUCUGCUUAUGCCAUUUUCUCACUGUGAAACGUUCAGUGAUUUCCAGUCACCUGUCACAGUGACUCCAGUCAUAGAAUUUCCAAAUGAACUUUAAAAAGAAUGCUAUUACCUGAGCUCCUUCCUCAGUGAUUUUAAUUGAUCUACUUGCAUUAAUGCAGGCACAGAAUAACUAUUUUGAAAUAGUGUUCAAUUGUCAAUCCUUUAUAUUUUGCUGUCUUUACCCUCCACCGUAACGCAUGUUAUGUCCCAGCCCAGAAAAUCCUUUACCCACCAUUUUUUUUUUUCUGCUGGAAUUCCCCCACCUUUGACAAGACAGCCAAGUAUCAUUUCUGUAAAGUCUUCCCUUAGUCUUCCAGACAGUGCUUUGCUUCCUCCUACAGUUCACCUACCAUUUUGUGCACAUGUGAAUGACUAUAGCACAAUUCUGAUUCUCCUACAAAUCUGGAAGCCACUCUGAGGUGGAACAUUGUGUCUGUGGACUGAAGAGUUCAAUGACACAUUCUCUCUGUAAUUGGUAUCACCAUGAAGUUCUUUCAGUCUUUGAUUACAUCACUGCAUGUGUCUGCACUUAUGCCUUUGCCACUUUCUCUUUUCAUAUUCUUUUAUCUUCAUUUAUUGCUUGUAAAUUUUCCAACUUUUUUUCCGGCUUUGAGAGAUUCUCUCCCUUUACCAAUCAUAAAUAGGAGAAUGAAAGUACACCUUCUGUUUAUUAAUUAAAGAUACUUUAUCCUGUUCAAAAUUUUAACAUUGAAUGAAUGGAAUACUAUUUUUCUCCCUAGAAAAAAUUCCACAAAUAGUUGUUUCUUAUAUUUAAGAAGCCCAGAAUUGUUUUGUAUUGUAAACCUCAGUAUGAAAUUUGUUCUUAUUUUGAUUUAAUUCAACAAAUAUUUAUUGUCUGUUAUUGGCAUGAGAAAAUAUGUUCAUACACUUUAUGAGAAUUUAGAGCUCAACAAAGAAUAUAAUUCAAGACAGUAGUAGCUCAGUAAUAAAUAUAAAUGGCAGGGUGAUAAAUUGUAGGCGCUCAAAUAUGUGUUGACAUGAGAUGUGAUAGGUGCAAAGCAUUAUGUACAUACAAUUGUACUGAGACAAAUGCAGCACAAAUAUACUAACUUUGAAAUAAAUAUUAAAUUAAAACCUA